AUGUUCUUCGAGGCCCAGAAUAUAGCUAAUGGUAAUAGUGCACCAUCAUUCGGUAUAGAAGUUCAACUUGGCUUACACAGUGGCUACUACAAAUGUUUGGGUAGAAAUCUUGUUCAGCUAACCGACAUUGGCUACAUUUACAAAACAGAUGCAGUUCCAGUAUUAAGGAGCAAUGGUGCCAUAGCUACUCAUACUUAUCAUCUUACAUUUUCAAGAGAUUUCAAAACAUGUACUGGCAAUUUGAGUUUCUUAUUCUUCACUACUGGUUCAAAUCCUUUUAAAAGACACAAUGUUCCAAUUCUUGUCGGCUCAAUGGCCACCGUGACUGGCGAGCUGUUAGAUGGCAGAAAUUAUAAAUGGCCAAGUGAUUAA